UGACACGACUAUUUGACACGAAUACUCCUCUCAGUUGCAACUUGUAUCAUCGAUCGGUGUCGAUUAUGGCCUUGCAAUUCCUACUGGUGGUAGUCCUGCUCCUAUUGUCGGGGGCUAGUACUACGAAAACAACAGCUGCUGCUGCUCAAGCCUUGCCUGGCUGCUCUGACAAGUGCGGUGAUCUAACAGUUCCAUAUCCAUUUGGCAUGGAGGAGCGUUGUCACAUGGAAGGGCGAAGUGAAUACUUCAUCAAUUGUACCCAUACGACCGAUCCACCCACUGCAUAUUUGAUGCGUGGAAAUCUCGUUGUUACAAACAUUUCCCUAGAGGUAGGGGAGUUGCGAAUAGUAAACUACGUAUCUACAGAUUGCUACGCCGAGGGCAGCCAGACGGUCUACUUCCCUACUUGGCUAAACCUGCCUCGUCAAUAUCCAUAUACGGUCUCCGAUUCCAAAAACAAGUUCUAUGCCGUAGGCUGUGACACUUAUGCAAUUGUGCGAGGCUUCCGAGGGGGAGAAGAACUCAUUACUGGGUGCAUGUCAAUAUGCAGCAGCCUUGCCAGUAUUGAUAAGAACCUUUGCACUGGCAUAGGGUGUUGCCAGAUUAAUAUUCCCAGUGGACUGAACAAUGUCUCUGUAGAGGUAAAUAGUUACUACAAUCAUACAAAAGUGUGGGACUUCAACCCCUGCAGCUACGCCUUUCUUGAGGAGGAAGGCCAGUUCAAUUUAAGCACUUCUAGUUUUCAACAACUGAAUUCAACUGUACGGCUUCCUAUAGUUCUUAACUGGGCUAUUGGGAAUGAGGAAGACCCCUGUAAUGAAGCUCAGAAGAGGGAGGAUUACGCAUGCAAGGGUAACAGUUCGUGCUACAACCGGUCUAUCAAAGGGUCUGUAGGUUACUUGUGCGAGUGUUUGCCUGGUUAUGAAGGAAACCCGUACCACCCAAAUGGUUGCACAGAUGUUGAUGAGUGUACUAAUUCGACCAUCUGCGAUCAUAGUUCAACAUGUGAAAAUUUAGUAGGGAAUUACACUUGUAAAUGUCCCGAAGGCCAAACAAAUUACGGCAAUAUUAACAUUCCUUGUGUCAAUAUCAACGGAAAAUCAAAGAAUACUGCCCUCCAUAUUUCAUUAGGUGUCUGUUUAAGCAUUGUGAUGGUACUUGUUGUAUCAUUUUGGAUGUAUUGUGGAAUGAAAAGAAGAAAAUUCAAUCAACUCAAGGAAAAAUACUUCAAAGAGAAUGGUGGCUUAUUGUUACAGCAAAAAUUGAAGAAUUUCGAUGGACCUCAAGCAGCCAAAAUAUUUACGAAAGAAGAGCUUAAAAAUGCCACUAACAAUUUUGCUGACAGCGGAAAAAUUGGUGAAGGAGGUUAUGGAACUGUCUACAAAGGAACACUGCCGGAUAAAAAGGAAGUUGCGAUUAAGGUCUCGAAGAGCAAUGCCCCAAUCACCCAAAGUAAUCAGUUCGUUAAUGAGGUAAUUGUUCUUUCUCAAAUCAACCAUAGAAAUGUGGUGAGGCUCCUAGGUUGUUGCCUAGAGACUCAAACGCCUCUGUUAGUUUACGAGUUCGUUGGCAAUGGCACACUAUAUGAGCAUAUCCAUAUAAAGAAUGGCAAGGGUCCGCUCUCUUUUGGGUUACGGAUGAAGAUAGCAACGGAAACAGCAGGAUCGUUGGCAUACUUGCACUACUCCACUUCCAUGCAAAUCGUGCACCGCGAUGUGAAGGCAACCAACAUCCUGCUCGAUGAGAAUUUCACAGCCAAAGUGUCAGACUUUGGAGCUUCAAAAUUGGUUCCCGAAGAUCACAAUCAACUUUCUACUUUAGUGCAAGGGACACUGGGGUACUUGGACCCUGAAUAUCUUCAAUCAAACACACUGACGGAGAAGAGUGACGUCUAUAGUUUUGGCGUUGUCCUUGUGGAGCUAAUAACGAGUCAAGUAGCAAUUUCUCACGAGAAGCCGGAGGCAGAGAGAAACCUAGCGAAUUGUUUCAUAACAUCAGUGGAAGAGAAUCGCUUGGCUCAGAUUAUUGAUCAUGAAAUAAUCAAAGAUGGGAGUUAUGAAAUAGCUGAACAAGUGGCUUAUCUCGCCAAGAGAUGUUUAAGUUUGAAAGGAAGGGAUAGGCCUACCAUGAAAGAAGUAGCAAUGGAGCUCGAGGCAAUAUUGCAAGUUAUGGCAAAACAUUCAGGGGGAAAGCCUGAUGCCUCUCCCAUAGAGAGCGACUAUUUGCAUGCGACGUCACCUGCAAAUGAUUACAUUGUUGAUGUUAGAGGUGAUGAAGGUGAAGCCAUAACCAGUAUUGACUAUGACCAAAGCAUGCAGAAUCAAGCCCAGAUAAUGAAGCCUGAUGAUGAUGGGCGAUAGUUGAAUAGUAUGCCUCGCCUUUGUCCUUGAUCUCUUUGCUAUUUUAAAUUUUCCUGUUGGGUUUGUUGCAUCAUUUGAGUGAAGUAGCUAGUGUGCGCCUCCUAAAAUAAAUAAAAAGUACUGUAUGAUAGUGUAGCCGUGCAGGCACUUCAGUUGUAA